UUGAAUGUACAACAACAAAUUGAGUAAUAAAGGAAUAAAUGUACAUGACCCAGUGUUCAACACUUUUAAAAACGCUAAACCCAGAAAUAAAAUUCCACAAUAUCAACUUGAGGUCCGAAGUCAACGUAUCUGCCUUGAUUACGAAAAAAAUGCUCUUUUGCAGCAAAUAUUCGGAAUGGAAUUGAUCCCUUUAACUGAAUCUUUACACCGGCGAAAAGAAGCUUUGGCUGCUGGGGUAUACUUUGCUACAUUUUCAUAUGGAGGAUACCUAGGUGUACUAUUUAGUAUAUAUUUAUGUUUUACACGCUUUUGGUGGUUGUCAUUAAUAUACAUCUGCUCGAUAUACUUGGACAGAAAAACUUGUGAAAAUGGCGGGCGACCCUCCAAUUGGAUACAAAAAUUGAGUUGGUGGCAGCAUUUACGGAACUACUUCCCAGUACGUACAGUACUAAUGCCGGGUUUUGAACUACAUCCAAAUAAAAAUUUUCUGUUUUGUUGUUUCCCUCAUGGCGUAAUACCUUGCGGUCCGAUUUCAUCGUUAGUAACUCCAGGAAAUACAUUGCAAAAAAGAUAUCCAGAACUGAUAUUGAAACUAGCAGGAAUGGAGCUGUUCUUCUACUUACCUUUUACCAAAGAAAUAGGUCUCGGGCUAGGAGGGAUUUCUUGCUCGGCUAAAUCCUUGACGUAUGUAUUAAAUAAGCCCGAAGGAGGAUAUGGAGUUAUUUUGUAUCCUGGUGGAGCAGCGGAAGCAAUAUGUGCACGACCAGGACAACAUAGAAUAGUGCUGAAAGAAAGAAAAGGCUUUGUUAAAAUCGCUUUGAAAACUGGGGCGUCUUUAGUACCAGUUUUUACAUUUGGAGAAGUAGAAUUGUUUGAUCAAAUUCAAAAUCCUUUAAUAUGUAGAUGUCAAUUAUUAUGGAAAAAACUGUUUCGUUAUACUCUUGCUUUGCCUCUUGGAAGUGGUUUUUUUCAAACGUCUUUUGGGUUGAUUCCACGACGAAAACCACUUUUCACUGUAGUGGGACAACCGAUAGAUGUUGCUAGAGUUGAAAAUCCAACGCAAGAGGAAAUUGACGAGUUGCAUCAGAAAUUCAUAAAACAAUUAGUAAAUUUGUUUGACACAUACAAAUAUGACUACUUGGUGGAUCCAGAAGCGAAAAUUCUAGAGUUAGAAUGAACCUGUUAAAAUACUAAAGAAUAGA